AUGGAAUCGCCAAACCUCACCCCGCAGUGGCAGUUCUGGCAAACACAACCGUACCAGCAAUCGCCUUCACCGCCAGCGCAAUCACCUCAUGGCUACCCACAAUCUCACGGCCCCGAGUACACACAGUACAUGCUGGCGGCAGGAUCUUACGUUCAACCGCACUACAGCAACACAUCUGGUAUACACAUGAUCGCUGAAUUACCGGCACCACUACCGCCAUCACCAUCUACAACGACCCCAGAGGAGCAGUUGAAGCAAGAUGAACUACUUGCGCGCAAGAUGCAUCAAAUGGAACUUGAAGAAGCCAGGAGAAAAUCAGAAAGUGCGGUUGGUCAGCAUCAACGCCCCGUGAGCAUGAUGCCACAAGCCUCGCAACAAUUGUCACCACCGCUUUUACACCAUCACCAAUCUGCGCAAACCCUCCGGCCUCAUUCAAGAAGCUUCUCCUCAAUUCCCAACCAGCGGCCAGUCAGCAUGGUACCACCAAAUACCCAGCAACUUGCGCCGUUGCCUCUUGCACACCAUCGCUCAGCGCAGUCACUACGACCUCACUCUCAAAGCGUAGGAGCAGCGACCGAGCCGUGGAGUCCUGAAUCGUUCGCUUCACAACCUAAGCCGCCUCCUAUACCACAGCCUACUCCUCAAAUUGACCUAAGUCGCUACAGCACAUUGCCCGAGGUAGUAGUGGAGUCACACCCAGUAUCUUACUACGAACCAAAGCCUCAAUCUGAGAGCUUCCCAAUUCCCGUCCUGCCAGCCCCACAACAACCAGCCAGACGUCCAUCCGUCGCGCUCGAUCCAUCAUCCUUACCUGCAUACCUCGAGCAAUACCGCCAAGCACCCUACCCACCCCAAUGGACCCCACCACCAUCCCUCUCCACCUUCUACGCCCACCGAGACCCCAAACCCUCCUCCAGCACAACCUGGCUCGAUACCCCCUCAACCUGUUCCUGGAAAACAGUCCGACACUCCGAUCCCUCGGCCUCCACCACCCCAGCAGCCUACACCUUCAAAUUCAAAGUAAUAAACGGCACAUUCCGCGCCCCGAAGUUCUCCUGGACAAUGACGUACACUGCUUCAGCCUCCCUUUCACCCAGCACCACGAAGAAACCCCCCAAAGACACGUGGGCCUACGAACUCAAACUCGACCCGCGCUCCAACCUCCGCAAAUCAGAAACCCUCAUCCAUGAGAACACGGCUGAAAGACCAAUCUUAACAACAUACGUUCAUGCGCUAAACUACGAUUCCUUACGCUUUAUCGGACCCGACGGGCCUGUACCUCCUGCUUUUAUCGGUGAGAUCGACGUUAGCAAGGCGAUCAUGUUGGAGAAUGACGUGCAUGUCCGAGACCGGUGA